AGGAGCAGUUGUCAUUGUUGUGGCCUAAGUCUAGGCCUGAACUUGAAAAUAUGCUGCUGGCGUCCCAAGAAAGGUCUUCAAAGAAGAAAAUGGAGCUGAGUCGCUGGAAACGGCUUUCAAGGAAGCUGAAUGCCAAGUCUGCAUUUGACACCGACACUGUGGAACACUGGGUUAAGAGAGUGGAGAAAGCAUCAGAAUUUGCCCUUUCAAAUGAAUAUUUUACCAGAAAUGCAGAUUUACCUGGAAUGCUUUGGCGACACGCAGUAGAUCUGGGGACAUGUGAGCAAGCAGAGUAUCAUGAUGGCGUCUAUGAAGAAGCUCAGGAGCUCGUCAAUGACUGGUUAGACAAUAAACUUAAACAAGAGUUAGCAAGUGAUGGAGAAGGGGAGAAUACUGUGCCAAGCAGCGCUCCUGUGCCCGAUGCCCAUGGCCAUCUGAAGUAUGACAAGUUUGAUGACUUAUGUGGCUAUUUGGAGGAAGAAGAGGAGAGCGCCACUGCUCAGAAAUUUAUAGAGCAUCUGCUCCAUAAAGAGGUGCUGGAUUCUGAGAUGGUGGAAGAGCUCGGAAGGGAGGAAAACCAAGGCAAGAGGCGGCAGAAGGACCCUCGUCUUACCAUGGAGAUGAGACAUAAGCAGGUAAAAGAAAAUCGCUUAUGGCGUGAGAAGCAGCUGGAGUUGCGGAGAAGGGAGAAUGCCGUGAAGAAAGCAGCCUUCCUGGAGGCUCAGUGUCUAGUGCAGGAAGAGAAGAGAAGGAAGGCUCUGCUGGCCAAGAAAGAGAAGGAAGAGGUCCAGAGAGAGAUGGUAAAGCUGCGCAGGGAGAUACUGGAGAGAAGACGCACGGUGGAGGACGCGUGGAAAGCAGAAAAAAAGAGACAAGAAGAUUCUCAGCGGGAUCCAGAAGAAAAAUUGGUGGAAAGUGCUCAUGUUUAUCUGGAUGAAGAAGAAGUUGCAAAAGAAAGAAAAAGAAAGAUGAGAGAGAUCCUUAUCCAGACUUUCAAAGAAAAUCUCCAGUGUCAAAAACGGUAUUUCUCUGCCUGGCACAAGCUGAUUCUGGAUCAUAGGAUAAAGCUGGGGAAAGCUGGGACCCUGUCUGACUGGAAGCUUCAACUGAAGGUUCUGCGAGCCUGGAGAGACCGUGCACGAUCUCAGAAGCUGAAGCGGGAGACCCAAGCCUUGGAAAAUGACCUUAGGGAAGAGAACAGAAAACAGCAGGUGGCUACCGAAUUUAACCGGAAACAACUUCUCCGAUACUGCUUUGCUGAAUGGCAGCGUUGGCAUGGUUCACAAGUUAGAAAGAGGGAGCUGGCGCUAGCCAAGGAGCAAACUCGGAAGAAAAUGGAUGAGCUGCUGAAGGCAGCCUCCCUCGGGAAACUCAAUUCCAAUGGGUCAUUGGGUAUCCAUUGUCUUGCAGAGACAACAGCUGAGGUGGACCUGCCAGUGGGAAGUGGAGAGGUCACCAUCAUGCCCACUUGGUGGGAAAAGCCACCCGUGGUGAGCAGGGGUUGUAUGCGGAGCCAUUCCCCAGGAAAAACAACCGAGGGUGAUAUUAAGGGUCCCCUCCCAGAUGUCUGUGGGAGCACACCUGGCACACAGCAGCCCAAGACUCCAGAUGCUAAGACCGCUAAACAGCCCAGUAGCCAUGAAAAGCCUGGGACCACUAGCCAGGAAGCGGAGCCUGUUUGUGAGGGGCCUUCCCACCGUCGCCAUGUCUACCAGCAACAGUUGAUUGAGAAGCAAAAGAAGAAACUCAAGGAGCAGCAGAAGCUCAUUCAGCAGCUGAAGGAAGAACAGCGGUUGGCUGAGGCCCGGUGGGCAGCUGAGCGUGCCACAGCAGUCACAAAAGCACAGAGUCGCCUUCUGUCCAGUCCCAGAGGAGCGGAGGAGCCGCCAGGAACCUGCCAGAAGAAGCUUCUGAAUUCAUCUGUUCUCUUCCCAAGGUGUGAAGACAGUAGAACUGAUUCCAGAAAUUCUCUUUCUGCAUCCAAAAGGAACCUGGCGGCACCCCAUCCCUUACUGAAAGCCAUGGAAGAGAGAGCAAUUCAACGAGCUGAACGUAGGCGGAUCUUGGCAGAAAAGAAGAAAAAACAAGAAGAAGACAAAUUGGCUCAGUUAAAGGCCCAAGAGGAAGAACGCCAGAAGAAGGAUGCAGAAGAAAAGCAAGCUCAGCUGGAGAGAAAACGAGAGGAAAAGAGGCUGAAGACAAUGAAAGAACUAGAGAAACUGAAGAGAACGAAGAGAAAUCAAGAGCUGGAAGCGGUAGCCAAAGGUCACUAUGAAAAGGUCUUGCUAAGGAAGAAAGGCCUGGAGCCCUGGAAGAGACUGAGGAUGCAAAGCAAGGAAAGCAUGCAGGUAGCAGAAGAACAUUACUCUUUGGCUCUUCAACGAAAAUGCCUGCUCACUUGGUUCCAGUACAGCCAGGAAGCUCUGGCUGUGAGAACAGCCCAGGCUGAUCAGCUGUAUUCCCACCUACUGUGCAGAAGAGUCCUCCGAAGCUGGUUCCAGUAUGUCGAUGAUCUGGAGAAAGAAGUAAGAAAACUCUGUGCCCACUUACUGCAGAAGAAGGUUUUCAGGGCCUGGUUGACCAUGGUCAGGGAGAUGAAGAUCGAAUCCCAGAGGAAACUUGAGAUUGCAGCAGAACACUGUGACAGGAAGCUUCUCAGUGCCACGCUUCAGACAUGGAAGGCAUUUGUAAAAUUUACCAAAGAAGAAAGGGUGAAAGAGGAACGGCGACACCAACUUCGUCGGAAGGUGGCUGACAUCCUUCCGGACUUCCAGAUACUGACACCAUUCUGACAGCUGUGUACCAGUAGCUACGUGCUUGUCCUCAAGGAAGUCUUUGGUGCCAGGAUCCAAGAAGGUUAUUUCCACCCACCCACACACCUACCUGAACCUGGUUUACUUUCUAGAAUGUAUAGGCCAGCGGGAUUAUCUUGGGAAAUUGUUCUUCUUGAUCUUUCCUGGGUUGUUAGGCAGCUGUCUAUCACAGUGGGGUCAUCCAAAUGAGCAGUCUAGAGCACCACUGUUCUGUGUAUUUUAUAUAUUUUUAGCAUAAUAAAGUUUAAAAAAGAUGAGGGUUUGUCUGCCUGGACUUGUGAAGAAAGAUGUGUCCUU